AUGGUUAUGCUCUUCGAAAUUUUAAAAGCUCCAUUUAUUGUGCUCAUAAAAAUGUUGCUUUUGUUCAUUCAAAGAACUUAUGUUUACACCAAAAACUUGUUUAGCUGCUUCUUUCCCUUUAACUUCUCUACCUUGCAAAUUUCUGAAAUCGAGUUAGAAAAAAACGUCCAUCGAGCAGCUCAAGUUAUUUUGGAAAAUCGUGUAUUCGAACUUCAACAAGAAAACCAAAAAAAACAGGCCGAACAGGCUAUUUUGGAAAACCGCAUCCAUGAACUUCAACAAGAAAAUCAAAAGAAGCAGGAUGAACAGGUUAUUUUGGAAAAUCGCGUCCACGAAUUUCAACAAGAAAACGAAAAACUAAUUUACGAAAAGGCAGAACUUGAAUUAGAAAAUGCUAUGUUGAUAGCAGCCCAAAAGGCACUUGAAAAUAAAAUUGCCACCGAUGCUGAUGCCAAUCUAAAGCGCACGGUCGCAAAAAUGAUUGAAGAAAUUAAAGAAAACUGCACAGAAGCUCUCGGAUUUGAAAGACCGGUUUGUAAAAAGAUUUUACCAAUGGUUCCCGGUACAUCUGACAAAGGAACCCUUAUUGCAUUGAUAAAUCUAAAGAAGAAAGAGUAA